AUGGUCAACGCAUUAUCCACGAUCGCUGCUGCUCUCGCCGCCUCCGCCGUCGUUGCCUCCGGUGCGUCCAUGCGCUCCGAGGCGGACGCCAUGCCAUCUGGCUCGUGGCCCGCCAGCAAGGGCAACGUCUACCUGUCGGAGCCCUACACCGUCAAGAAGGGCGAGGUGUUCGACGGCGGCAUGAAGACGUACCAGCGCUCGAACGUCAAGUGCGGCGGCCAGGCAGAGAGCGGCUGGCAGACCGCCGUCUUCAUGGUGGAGCCGGGCGCCACGCUCAAGAACGUCAUCAUCGGCAAGGACCAAAUGGAGGGCGUGCACUGCGAGCAGAGCGGCUGCACCAUCCAGAACGUCUGGUGGGACGACGUCUGCGAGGACGCGCUGAGCAUCAAGGGCGGCUCGGCCAGCAGCGUCUCCAAGGUGGUCGGCGGCGGCGCGCGCUCGGCCGACGACAAGGUGGUGCAGCACAACGGGCUCGGCUCCGUCUCCAUCGAGGGCUUCUACGUGCAGGACUUCGGCAAGCUCUACCGCUCCUGCGGCACGUGCGGCGACAAGUCGCGCAAGGUCAGCGUCAAGAACGUGUACGCCGUCAACGGCAAGGUGAGCCUCGUGACGGUCAACAAGAACUGGGGCGACCAGGCCACCAUCGAGAACGUCAAGAUCAAGGGCAAGAAGGUCGACGUGUGCGCGUGGUCGCAGGGCUCCACAUCGGGCGAGCCCAAGGAGCUGGGCGCCGGUCCGUCCGGGUCGCUCUGCAAGUACUCCACCAGCACCAUCACGUACGCGUAG